CAUUCCAGUUAGAAUAUGCUGACGUUUACAUUUCUGGCCAACGUGUUUCUCUUACUGUUGAGUCAUGAGGACGCUCACGUGAUCCAUGUUAUACUCAACGAUGUGGUUGUAUUAGUCACAAAUGAUGACUGGAACUGCGACAAGAUUACAUGUCCUUUGCCAACUGCACUUUGCCGAGUGGUGGUGCGACCCGAUAAUACCAAUCAAGGAAAAGCUAUACGCAUUAAUAUGUGCCUCGAUGAGAAAAAUAACACAUUAAUUGAGAAAACAUUCACGGAAGAUAGGCGAUUGUCACUGAGCGGCCGACUGACUAUGUUUACGUUUCGGAAUGGAAAUUCUUUUAGCGAGAACAAUCCAUUGGCCAAAGAUUAAGCGGAUACUUUAUA